AUUUUUUUCUUAAUUUGUCUUUUUUACUCCGCGACUUUAAAUCGGAAAAGAGCACGUUAAAGUUCUCCAUUAUUUUCCCUUAGUUAUAAAAUAAAAUCGAAGUUACCGCCAUCGGAACUUCAGCAGUAAACUGAACCUACAAUUUUGCAAUAUUCGACUUCUCAGAGAGAAUCUUACAGCGCCAAACACACGAACCCAUUUAAAAUGAGGCCUACAGAAAGCAGUGACACUACUUCUCACAAUCCUCAGCCCGAGAUGCCGUUCAGAGUGAGCAGCGACCGAGUCACGUACAACUCGGAUUCAAUCGUAUCGCAGUACAUGUACGAGACUACUUGUGUCGAGCAAGCGGAGAAUGGCUUGUUUUGUGUUAAGCCCAAGCAGGAAAUAGUUGAGAUUAAGACGAAGACCAGAGUCCCGCGCACUGGAGUGAUGAUGGUAGGGUGGGGAGGCAACAACGGCACUACAGUCACUGCCGCCAUCCUCGCAAACAGACACAACAUCUCAUACAGAACAAAAGAGGGCAUAGUGCCCCCUAGCUACACCGGUUCAGUCACCCAGGCGUCCACAGUCAGCCUCGGCACAGACUCCCAGGGCCAAGAGGUGUAUGUGCCUCUGGGCAAACUGGUGCCCAUGGUCGAGCCGACCAACCUGGAACUGGAUGGUUGGGACAUAUCGGGUAGGAAUCUGGCGGACGCCAUGGAACACGCCAGAGUGCUGGAGUAUGACUUGCAGAGACAGCUGGUGCCAUACAUGGAAAAGAUGACUCCGAGGAAGUCGUUCUACCAGGCAGACUUCAUCGCCGCCAAUCAGGAGGCGCGAGCUACUAAUCUGAUGAGUCACACACACAAGAAGCACGUGGUGGAACAAUUGAGAGCCGACAUCAGGGACUUCAAGACCUCCAAGAACCUCGACACAGUCAUUGUAUUGUGGACUGCCAACACUGAGAGAUACUGUGAGGUUGAUGACCGCAUUCACGGAGAUGCUGAUAUGCUACUGGCAGCCAUUGAGAGGAACGAGAAAGAGAUCAGUCCCUCAACACUAUUCGCAGUCGCAUCCGUCCUCGAGAAGGCGUGCUACAUCAACGGAUCCCCUCAAAAUACAUUUGUACCCGGCGUGAUUGACCUGGCUGAACGAGAGGGCUCCUUCCUCGCCGGAGACGACUUGAAGUCUGGUCAGACGAAACUGAAGUCGGUUCUGGUUGAUUUUCUGAUCAGCGCGGGACUGAAGCCUACCUCAAUUGUGAGCUACAAUCACUUGGGAAACAAUGAUGGCAUGAAUCUGUCCUCUCACGAGCAGUUCAGAUCCAAGGAGAUCUCGAAGAGCAAUGUGGUCGAUGAUAUGGUGCAAUCUAACAGUAUUCUCUAUAAGCCAGGAGAGAAGCCAGAUCAUACUGUCGUGAUCAAAUACGUUCCCUAUGUUGGAGACAGCAAACGAGCGAUGGACGAGUACAUCUCGGAGUUGAUGUUUGGAGGCCGUAACACGAUCGCAAUUCACAACACCUGUGAGGACUCGCUUCUCGCCGCUCCCAUCAUCAUCGAUCUCAUCAUCCUCGGAGAGAUGAGUCAGAGAAUCUUCUUCAAACAGCAGUCUGACAAGGACUGGGAACCAUUCCAUCCAGUUUUGACACUUUUGUCCUACCUCAGCAAGGCCCCCAUAGUGCCGCCAGGAACUCCAGUGGUCAAUGCCCUGUUCAAACAACGACAAUGCAUUGAGAAUGUAUUCAGAGCUUGCGUGGGCUUGCCGCCUGUCAACAACAUGAUGCUCGAGUACAAGAUCAGAAGCUCAGCUGCAAAGUAUGCUGAAGCUCCAGUCAAGACUGGCGGAAUUUUGGCCAGUUCAGAGAAAACAAUUGCUUCCAAAAUUGCUGCUAUUGGUGAUCAUGCGGAAAAGUAUGCCAAUGGGUAUUCCAACGGACAUGCAGUUAUGGCUACUAAUGGCCAUGCCCAUUAGAUCAGCUUAUUGUUAAAUGCAGAAAACUGUGCUCUUUUUUGUUAAAGCUGGCAAUAUAUAUUUUACUCAAUUUUUGGAUGAUCACAAAUGUUGACAAUAUCUCAACCGAGAAAUGCAUUUAUAAAUUAUAUUUACGAUGUUCUCUUUUUCGCUAUCUAAUUUAAAAUGCGUUGAAAACAA